UUGCCUGGACAGGCCAGUGUGUUUGUGAAAACAUGGGGAUGUGGCCACAACAACAGUGACGGAGAAUACAUGGCUGGUCUUCUAGCUGCUGACGGCUACAAUGUUAUUCUCGAUCACAGCAAAGCCGAAGAAGCCCAAGUGUGGGUGUUGAACUCGUGUACUGUUAAAGGUCCAUCUCAACAGACUUUUGUCAAUGACAUUGAUAAGGGGAAACUUGCUGGAAAAAAGAUUGUGGUUGCUGGAUGCGUUCCACAGGCUAGUCCCAGUAAUGACGAAUGGAAAGGUCUGAGUGUUAUUGGUGUUCAACAAAUUGAUCAAGUCGUAAGAGUUGUAGAAGAAACACUCAAGGGAAAUACUAUUCGAUUGAUGAAAGAGGCCAAAGAGGUGUCUGCUGAUGGUGUCAAGCGAAAGGCUGGAGGUGCUCGUUUGGAUUUACCAAAAGUUCGCAGAAAUCCAUUUAUUGAAAUCAUUCCCAUCAACACAGGCUGUUUGAAUCAAUGCACAUAUUGCAAGACUAAACAUGCUCGAGGAGAUCUAGGAUCAUAUAGUUUAGCAGAAAUCAUUGCACGAGUCGAAUCCGUGCUGCAUGAGGGUGUCAAGGAAAUCUGGCUUACUUCAGAAGAUACUGGUGCAUAUGGGCGGGAUAUUGGUGUAUCUAUUGUUGAUCUUUUAGAAGGAAUUUUGGUUGCAAUGGAUAAACAUAUUGUUCAAGACGCUAUGUUGCGUGUAGGCAUGACCAAUCCUCCAUACAUUUUAGAGCAUCUUAAAGGAAUUGCAAAAGUACUGAAUCACCCCAAAGUGUAUUCGUUUUUGCAUGUUCCUGUACAGGCUGGAUCCACAAAAGUGCUGGAUGAUAUGCGUCGUCUGUAUGCGGUUCAAGAUUUUGAGCGUGUAGUGGAUGUAUUGAGAGAAAAGGUGCCUUGUGUCACUAUCGCCACAGACAUCAUUUGUGGGUUUCCAACAGAAACAGACGAAGAUUUUGACGAGACUAUGCAUUUAUUGGAAAAAUACAAAUUCUCAGUUCUUCAUAUUUCUCAAUUCUAUCCACGUCCGGGAACCCCUGCAGCUCGCAUGAAGCGUAUUUCAACCAAUAUCGUUAAAAAUCGUAGCCGUCGAGCCACUACCUUUUUUGAAUCAUACACUACGUACGAUUCACUUGUCGGCACCAUACAAAAGAUUCUUGUAACAGAGCAAAGUGCAGACGGAAACCACUAUGUCGGCCAUAAUAAGCCGUACCAACAGAUCCUUGUGCCAAAAAACGAAAAGCUGAUGGGUCAGACAUUUCAUGUUCGGAUAGUACGAGCCAGUAAAUUUUAUUUGAUGGGCGAGCCUCUGCAA